UCUCCCCCCGACCUUCCUCUUCCCUCCCUCGACAUCGACAUCGGCAUCGACGUUGACAUUGACAUCGACAUCGAUAGACAUUCCUCCUUCCGACCUCUCCCAGCUGAAGCACCGUGCCAAUUGAUACUCAGACAGCAUGCCCGGCGUCCGCAGCCUCCUCCUCGCCCUCGCCGGCGUCUCUCUCGCGCCCGCCGUGCUCGCCGCAGACGCCUCGACAGACACGUCGGACGUCCACGCCCUGAAGGCAGACACCUUCAAGGACUUCAUCAAGGAGCAUGACCUCGUCCUGGCCGAGUUCUACGCCCCCUGGUGCGGCCACUGCAAGGCCCUUGCCCCCGAGUAUGAAAAAGCAGCUACCGAGCUCAAGGACAAGAACAUCCAGCUCGCAAAGGUCGACUGCACCGAGGAGGCCGAUCUCUGCCAGGAGUACGGCGUCGAGGGAUACCCUACGCUCAAGGUCUUCCGUGGCCUUGACUCGUACAAGCCUUAUAACGGUGCUCGCAAGUCCCCAGCGUGAGUAGUCCCUGCUAUAGAUCUAGAAGAUAGAAGUAGAAAAAGGGGGGAAGGUCGGAAGAGAUAUUGACAAAACCCCAUAGCAUCACCUCGUACAUGAUCAAGCAAAGCCUGCCAUCAGUCUCGGUUGUGACAGCAGACAACUUCGAGGAGGUCAAGUCCCUGGACAAGGUUGUCGUCGUCGCCUUCAUUGGUGAAGACGACAAGGAAACCAACACGACCUACACUACCCUGGCUGACUCAAUGCGGGACGAUGUCCUCUUUGCCGGCACCAACAGCGCUGAGCUGGCCAAGAAGGAGGGCGUCUCGCUUCCUGCCGUUGUCCUCUACAAGGAAUUCGAUGACCGCAAGGACGUCUAUGAUGGCAAGUUCGAGGCCGAGGCCCUCAAGGCUUUCAUCAAGUCCUCUAGCACUCCCCUCGUUGGCGAGGUUGGCCCAGAGACCUACUCUGGAUACAUGUCGGCUGGCAUCCCUCUUGCAUACAUCUUUGCUGACACUGCCGAGGAGCGUGAGCAGUACGCUAGUGACUUCAAGGACCUCGCCAAAAAGCUAAAGGGCAAGAUCAACUUCGCUACCAUCGACUCCAAGGCCUUUGGUGCUCACGCUGCCAACCUCAACCUUAUUCCUGAGAAGUUCCCUGCCUUCGCCAUCCAGGACACCGUUUCCAACAAGAAGUACCCCUUCGACCAGGAGAAGAAGCUCACCAAGGAGGAGAUCACCAAGUUCGUUGAGGGUGUCAUCUCCGGUGACAUUGCUGCUAGCGUCAAGUCCGAGGCUGUCCCAGAAACUAAUGACGGCCCAGUCACCGUCAUCGUCGCCCACACCUACGAGGAUAUCGUCAUGAACAAGGACAAGGAUGUCCUCGUCGAGUUCUACGCUCCUUGGUGCGGACACUGCAAGGCUCUCGCUCCCAAGUACGACCAGCUCGGCAGCUUGUACAAGGACAACAAGGACUUCGCCUCCAAGGUGACCAUCGCUAAGGUCGAUGCCACCGCCAACGACAUCCCAGACGAGAUCCAGGGCUUCCCUACCAUUAAGCUUUUCCCUGCCGGUGCUAAGGACAAGCCAGUCGAGUACACCGGCUCUCGCACCGUCGAGGACCUCGCCAACUUCGUCCGUGACAACGGCAAGCACAAGGUCGACGCCUACGAUGAGAAGAAGAUCGAGAAGGAUGGCAGCGAUGUCACUGGAAAGCCAAAGGAUGCAGAAGCCCCACCAAAGCCUUCUGAUGCUCCCGAGCCUGAGGAGCAGGCUGACAAGAAGCAUGAGGAGUUGUAGUUCUUCUUCCUUUACGCCGGCAUGCUUUGAAUCCUUUCUAAUGUAAACUUAUGAAUCUACGUUUACUCGCCCCCUCGAGUUGGUCUAACUUCCAAUUGCAACCAGCUCACAAUGGACUUGUUUUUCCGAACUGCCUCCACCCGUCCGUCAAUGGGGCUGCUUUGCUUGUUUUUCUGUUUUCUUUUUCUCUCUUGCUUAAUGAUCAUAGGGACAAAGGGAAAAGGAUGGGAAAUAAAUAAUCAAGAAAAGGACAGAUAACUUUUCUUACCUUUUGCGUUCGGUUGUCUAGCAAUAUACCUUUAAAUGAUAUUCAUCUUGAUAUUUACAACUAGCUCAAUUUGGGUAGCCCACUCUACAAAAUAGAACCAAUCAUCUUAAAUAUAUUAUUGCUAUUUAUUAUUUUUUGUACAUUCAAAUCAGUCAAUGGU